CAAUCAAUUGUCAUCUAUAUGACAUAUCCAAAAUCCAAUAAGCCAGGCCAGCAAACCUUGACAGAACAGAAUCUCCUUUCUUUCUUUCUUCUUUGCCUUUCCUUUUUCUUUUCUUUUGUGGCAUUGAGAGCAACGACUCUUUCCUUAUAAACUGCCAAUCAACUAAAACCAAAAUCUAGUUAUCUUCGCCUCUAUACAGCAAAUACCUCUCUUUUAAUUACCCAUCUCUCUUGCAUAGUUUUCUGUUGUUUCUACUGCGUCGUCUUUGUCUGUCUCUGUCAGCGGGAAAGAGAUGGAAGAAGAGAGAUCAUACUUGCCGGCGCCGGCCAAUUCCAAUUCUCUCCCAUAUUGUGCUAGUGCAAGAAUUAUGUCAUCAGAAAUUGUGGAGAUAGGUGAAGAAAGCAAGAGUAGUAUAAUUGUUAAUGAUGUUUACGUUGCUGUUGGUAAAGAUGAUUUAUAUGUUCUGAAAUGGGCUCUCGAUCAUGUUGUUUCUCCUGGAGCUAAAGUUUUUCUUGUUCAUGUUUCAUCUCCUUUAACUUACAUUUCUACACCAGUUGGAAGAUUAUCGAGGAGCCAGUUGAGCCAAGAUCAAGUGAGAUUUUAUGUCAAUGAAGAGCAUAACAGAAGAAGGAACCUACUGCAGAAAUACAUUCGACUGUGUAAUGAUGCCAAGGUGACAGUGGAUACAAUUCUUCUUGAGAGCAAUGAGACUGCCAGAGCUAUUCUUGAACUUAUUCCUGUUCUCAACAUUAACAGUCUUGUUAUGGGAACUACACGCUCGCCUCGCUCCAGGUUUAUGAGGAAAAAAUUGGCAAAAGGAGAAUUUGUAAAGAAGAACUCACCAGAAAGUUGUGAUGUUACUAUUGUUCAUGAUAGCAAGAAGGUCCUGCAUAAUCAGCAGACAACAGAGCUAGUGCUUUCAUCUUUGUCAUCCAAUCCUCGAGAAUUAAAAAUCAAUCGCAAUUCUGAAAGGAAAUUUUUUGAUUGUGUAUGCUUUUCAGGCAAGUUCGAUGGAAAGUAAUAGUAGAAUCUUAUGUUUUGUUCAGUACAUAAAAUUUAUAUUAAAUGUGUAAUGAAAUAAAAUUUAAUUAACAAUAGAUUUGCAUUGAUCAGAA